UCGGACGCAGGGGGCAGGACAGAGACGUAUUUCAGAGCGAGUCUUUGUUGCGUUUGAAUUCAUGCGUAAUUCCGAAUGCAUUUAAAUAAUUCGCAUUCUACAUUUAACUGCUUAUGACUCAACAUUUAACUGCUCGUGAUUUAAAACAGUCCCGGACAGCAUCCUUGGGAAAAUGGUUUUCUUUAAACUGCAGUUUUUAGGUCUAUAAAUGCCGACAUCUGAGGUAACAUCUGCUAAGUUUUGAGUGACUCAGGUGGCGCGUAAUGAAUCAGUCAAGUAGUUGAUCAGAGUUCCUGGAUGUUUUGACUGAGAACACGUCUUCUAAGCUCCACGGCAAAAUGCAAAGCAGAGGUCCUUGGGGUAGUGGAUGAACACUUGCCACUAAAACCAACCUCAUUAUGACCUCACACUUCCCAACGUCACUGUUACAUCAUCGGCAGCACACUGCUUCCCGGAGACAGGGCUGGAGCAGCCAUCACUCUACCGCAUGGUCACGCCUCUUUUGGGUACUGUGGGUGUGGCUUAUCCCAGCCACGUGGGCGCACCAGCACUCGCACCAACCACAUUCCAUCAAGAUCCCUGGCGACAUCACCUUAGGUGGGCUGUUUCCUGUGCACUCCAAGGGGCCCUCGGGCCUCCCGUGUGGCGAGAUUAAGAAGGAGAAAGGUAUCCAUCGCCUGGAGGCCAUGCUCUACGCCCUGGACCAGAUCAACAGUGACCCAGGCCUUCUGCCCAACAUCACGUUAGGGGCCCGCAUCCUGGACACGUGCUCUCGGGACACGUACGCACUGGAGCAGUCGCUUACCUUUGUCCAAGCGCUUAUCCAGAAAGACACAUCUGACAUCCGCUGCUCCAAUGGCGAGCAGCCAAUCAUACGCAAGCCAGAGCGUGUGGUGGGCGUGAUCGGGGCAUCGGCCAGCUCGGUCUCCAUUAUGGUAGCCAAUGUGCUGCGGCUAUUUGAGAUCCCCCAGAUCAGCUACGCGUCCACGGCACCAGAACUCAGCGACAACAACCGCUACGACUUCUUCUCACGGGUGGUGCCACCGGACUCCUACCAGGCGCAGGCCAUGGUGGACAUCGUGAAGGCAUUGGGAUGGAACUACGUAUCCACACUGGCUUCAGAGGGCAACUACGGAGAGAGUGGUGUGGAUGCCUUUGUGCAGAUCUCUCGAGAGGCAGGAGGCCUGUGCAUUGCCCAGUCUAUGAAGAUCCCCAGGGACCCAAAACCCGGAGAGUUUGACAAGAUCGUUAAAAGACUAAUGGAGACCCCGAACGCCCGGGGAGUCAUCAUCUUCGCCAACGAGGACGACAUCAAGCAGGUUCUAGAGGCUGCUAGAAAAGCCAACCUCACGGGCCACUUUAAGUUCGUGGGCUCAGACAGCUGGGGGGCCAAGAACUCCCCUAUCCUGGACCACGAGGAUGUGGCAGAGGGAGCGGUCACCAUCCUGCCUAAAAGGGCGUCCAUCGAUGGAUUCGAUCAGUACUUCAUAUCUCGCUCUCUGGAGAACAACCGCAGAAAUAUCUGGUUUGCCGAGUUCUGGGAAGACGAUUUCAGGUGCAAACUGACACGUCCAGGCAUCAAACUUGAUCCUGAGAAGAAAAAAUGCACAGGCAAUGAGAGGAUUGGUCGAGACUCUCUAUACGAGCAGGAAGGGAAGGUACAGUUUGUGAUUGAUGCUGUGUAUGCCAUGGCUCACGCCCUGCACAACAUGCACCAGGACCUGUGCCCGGGGGCCGCGGGCAUCUGUGAAAAGAUGGACUCCGUGGAAGGACGCUCACUGCUCACCUAUAUCCGCAAUGUCAAUUUCAAUGGUAGCGCUGGAACAGGCGUUCUUUUCAACGAGAAUGGAGAUGCUCCAGGUCGCUAUGACAUCUUCCAGUAUCAAAUGACCAACACAAGCAACCCAGGAUACAAAGUCAUUGGCCAGUGGACAAAUAACCUUCGAAUUAAUGUGGAGGAGAUGCAGUGGUCUGAAGGCCACCGUCAGAUCCCACCCUCCGUGUGCAGUUUCCCGUGCCAGCCAGGCGAGAGGAAGAAGAUGGUGAAGGGCGUGCCCUGCUGUUGGCACUGCGAACUGUGCGACGGCUAUCAUUACCAGGCGGAUGAGUUCACCUGCGAGACGUGCCCAUUCGACAUGCAGCCCGCGCCCAACCGCACAGGCUGCAGGCCCACGCCCAUCAUCAAGCUGGAGUGGCACUCACCCUGGGCCGUCGUGCCUGUCUUCUUAGCCAUCCUGGGCAUCAUCGUUACGCUCUCCAUCAUCAUCACCUUCAUCCGCUUCAACGACACCCCCAUCGUGCGCGCUGCCGGGCGCGAGCUCAGCUACGUGCUGCUCACGGGCAUCUUCCUCAUCUACCUCAUCACAUUCCUGAUGAUCGCCGAACCCGGCGCCGUCGUGUGUGCCUUCCGCAGGUUGCUGCUGGGCCUUGGAAUGUGCAUCACCUACUCGGCCAUGCUCACCAAGACCAACCGCAUCUACCGCAUCUUCGAGCAGGGCAAGAAGUCGGUGACGCCCCCCAAGUUCAUCAGCCCCACCUCGCAACUUGUCAUCACCUUCAUCCUCAUCUCUUUUCAGGUGUUGGGGGUGUUCAUCUGGUUCGGAGUGGUGCCGCCCCACACCAUCGUGGACUACGAGGAGCUGCGGCCACCCAACCCGGAGCUGGCGCGUGGCAUCCUGAAGUGCGACAUGUCCGACCUGUCGCUCAUCUGCUGCCUGAGCUACAGCAUCCUCCUCAUGGUAACCUGCACCGUGUACGCCGUCAAGAGCCGCGGUGUGCCCGAGACGUUCAACGAGGCCAAGCCCAUUGGCUUCACCAUGUACACCACGUGCAUCGUGUGGCUGGCUUUUGUGCCCAUCUUCUUCGGCACUGCGCAGUCCACGGAGAAGAUGUUCAUCCAGACGACCACGCUGACCGUGUCGAUGAGCCUGAGUGCCUCCGUGUCUCUUGGCAUGCUCUACAUCCCCAAAGUGUACAUCAUCAUCUUCCACCCGGAGCAGAACGUGCAGAAACGCAAGCGCAGCUUCAAAUCCGUGGUGCAGGCCGCCACCAUGUCUACGCACAUCUCCCAGAACUCGGGCGGCGGGAAACAGAACGGCGAGACCAAGAUUGAGCCCGACCGGUUGCAGUAGCAGCAGGUGCGCAGGAGCAAUGCAUUUGGCAGCGGUGGACUGAAGACCUGAGGCCAAGGGAAACAUUACAGCUGCAGCAGUUAG